AUGCAAACGUUCUUUUUUCAAUUUCCGAUCGUGGAAGAGACUGCUCAAAGUUGUCGCUCACGGACUUUAUUGCUUUUAAAGCGACUUGAUGUUACUGUCAACUCUUUUUUAUGGUGUGAACGAAUCAAGUCUCGAGAAUCAGAAAUUAGAAAUCUUUUUGCUGAAAAGCGUAAUGCUAUGUCACACAUAAUAGCACCGGACAUUGCAUCUCUUCUCGCAGCCAGUCAUGAUUUGUUGAGGGUCGAACAAGCAAGUAGUGCAAGGUUGAGGAAGAAUACACGUUCGAAAGUGCACCCAUUAGCGCUAGCUGAGCGACCAACUGAUCGCGGUGGUCGCACAAGCGAGAUGAUAGGCGACAUUGCGAUGGAGCAAGCCUCUGCACAACGAGGCCGCGGUGGAGGACGGGGUGGUUUCCAUUCACAACCAUCAAAUCAGUUUAAUCAACAUCAUGGCAUGUCACGGGAACAGAUGACUCAGAAAGAAUAUCGGAGAUCGUAUGAUAGUCCAGGAUACAGAGAACGAGGUGGUGGUUAUCAUCGAGGUGGUCAUGGCGAUCGUGGCCACGCUGACUACAGAGGAAUGUACUACGGACAUGAUAACAGAUAUUGA